ACAUCCCGGGUUGAUCAGCUGGCAGUGAUGUUGUCACUUCUCCUGCGAAAAUGUCACAAGUUUGUUUAGGAUAGGGUAUUUGUUGUUGCUCCCAAAUUAAUAGUAUGAAAUAUAGAAGCAACGCAUUUCUACUUACCACCGCGUUAGUGGCCCUGCAUUCUUGUGUGGCAUCACAUGCCAAGAACGACAAAGACAUCGUUCCACCGUCAGGAGUAAAUCCAAGUGUACCUCAAAAUGAUUUCAACCCUCUGGGGCCUCUUGUAAAGUGUUCCUUUCUUCCGAGAGACUUCCUCGACUGCAAUGAACCUAUUGACCACAAAGGCAACAGGACGGCCAAAGAAGAGACGGGUUACGGGUGCGUGAAAUUCGGAGGAGUUUGGUAUGAUGAAGUUGAGAGGACAAAAGUGCUCUGCUCCGUCCUGCCAGGCAUCGAAUGCUAUGGGAACAGAUCAUUCGCCAUGGACGGUGUCCCAUGUAUCAAAUACACGGACCACUUUUUCGUGACUACACUAAUUUACAGUAUUUUAUUGGGCUUCCUUGGAAUGGACCGAUUCUGUCUGGGUCAGACGGGGACGGCGGUCGGAAAACUACUAACGCUUGGCGGUGUUGGAAUCUGGUGGAUCAUUGAUGUUGUGCUGUUGAUUACGAAUAAUCUGUUACCGGAAGAUGGGAGCAAUUGGAACCCAUAUGUUUGAGUGAACGCGGGAGGUCGGGUGAUAAUUUAUUUUAACAUAUUUUAAGGAAUAAAGUAAUUUCAUAUCAUA